AUGACGGGAAAUCUGGAGCAGGCCUUACUGCCACUCCAGCCCGACUGGUGUUUUCUCCAAGAGGAGGAGCGCAACCGGCGCCUUGCCGCAAUCGGUUUGGUCUUAAAUGUGCCCGAGCCCGCGUUGCUAUGCCGCCCGUGCGGCUACGCCUUGCAGCCCAAUGGCAACUGCGUGACGCGGCAUCUCGCUGACAAACAUGCCAUCCCAAAGCGGUCGCGCGACGGCCUCCACCCCUUGGUUCGCGCCCUAUGUCUUCCGGAUCCCAACACCCUACCUCUCCGCCCCGAUUGGUCGCCGGCCCAUCCGCAGCUGGCCACUCGUACCGGCGUUGCCUGCCGUCACUGUACCUACCGGACAACCAGCGUCGACCUCAUCACGCGGCACCUAGCGAAAGCCCACAAUCGCCGCCGCACCCAGGGGCAUAGGGGCUGGCUGCGCGACGAGGUCUUAGAGGACGUUGCCCUGCAGAGUUGGACCCAGAACGGCGCCCGCGGGUACUGGAUCGCUACGCAGGACCCAUCCCCGGCCGAGCGACCAGAAGACGCUUCCUCCCGGUUGCGGAACCAGGCCACAACCGAGCAGAGGGCUGCCCUUGACGCGCUGCACCAAGCCGAGCGGGAACACCUGGCCGGCCGUUCGGCUACCGCUCGCCAGACAGACGGCACGAGCCCACCUGAUCUAGCUCUACAGACGAACUGGAUGCGGCGGACUGGGUGGUUAGAGACCUUCCAGGGGGCGAGGCGCGACGUUCUCGUCAGGCUCGCCCUGCCACCGUGCCAAGAAGGGGACGGCCUGCGACUUAGCGCGCCUGGAGACGAAACAACGAUCCGGAGCACCCGCGAGGACGAAGAUCGGUUAGGCCGCGUUGCGUCGGCGUUGCGCGGGCUUCAGAGCCGCUGUGAGGACACGGCGCGACACACCGACGUGUCGAUCCGGCUGUGGCUUCGGAGCACCGACCCGGUGCGUCCGCACAGGGUCCCCUUUGACCUCGUAGGCCGCCAGUCCACGGCCCAAUCCUACUGGAGGCUCUUUCUCAGGUUCUUCUGCUUCUCGUUUCGGCUCUGGCGCCUGCCGGAGGCUUCCCGCGUUUCUCUAUGCCGGAGGUCGUUGACGCAGGCCCAGCGUGACGCCUUGCAAGCGGCUUGGUCCGCGCUCGGCGAACCACGAACCCAGGGUCAGCGGCGCGUGGACCGCGCAACUAGAGGAGCAGCCCAGCCGAGCGCGCGGGGGUCCGGCGGCGGGAGCGAGGAUGAGUGCUACGACAAUGCCCACGAUUCUGGGACAGAGACCGUGGACACUACCGCCUUCUCAUGGCCAUCUCGAACGCGGCAGACAAGGCGAGCUGCUGCUGAUCACGACGACGUAAGCGCAUUCAAUGAUGAUGACGAUGACGAUGACGAUGACGAAGGCGAGGACGCCGCAACCAGCCAGGACGACUCUAGCGUAGACGACGGAGAUAGCGAGGAUACCGAGUCUAGCUCAGAAGAUGGGGAGGACGCUGGGUCCGAUCCGUACUACCAGGACGCCCUGCUACAGCUCGCUAGGCUUCUGGUGACCGAGCCAUUCCGUGACGGCCAAGCACGCUCUACCCUCCUCGUCUACUUCAGCGGCGUCGCAGGCCUCGGCGCAGACGGGUCUUCGUUUGAGAGACCCUCCCGGUACACAUCCAAGCUUUCCGCCUUGAUCUAUUGCGCGCGCCUCCUUCUUUUAGAGACCGUUCUCCCGCGCCUUCCCCACCACCACAUCCGGAUAGCAGCCCGGCCGCACCGGAAUCAGGUCGAGCGCCUGAAUAAAGUCCGGGUGCCAGCAUUCUGCCUGGGCUCCCAGGCCCCCGUAGGCGAGCUGCUCAGUCUUCGGACCUAUGGCCGCAAGUUAGCACGGUCGGAUGGACCCGCCUUCCGUGUCCAGUGGAGCGAUGACGACCAGGUUUUGUCGUGGGACGAGGGCCGUAUCUCGAUGCAGCAGUUUCGGGCACUCUCGCACGACUUGCUCCAGUCCGUCGCGUUGUCGACGAGGCGCCUGAUGUACGACUUGCAGCCGCAGGUCGAUCUCCACGCCCUCCGGGACAAGAUGUCGGAUGUGGGAAAAGGCUACUCGUUCGUGACCGAACCGGUGAACCACCUGGUCGAUGCCUUCUUGGCCUUGUCGGAGCGUGCCUGCCUCUCCCCCGUGAAUGGUCUGAUCGGUAGGAACGGAUGGGACCAGCAGGCCGUCCGUCGCUAUAUCGAGCUGCACGACCAAGCGCUGGUGGAGCUCAUGGCACUGAUCCACCUCACCGGCGGGCAGGCUGCUCGGGCGACGGAGCUGAUGUGCCUAGAACAUUGCAACGGCGCUUCGACAAGCCGGGGCAUAUACGUCUACGACGGCUCCUUCUUCCUCGUAACCAGGCAUACCAAGGCCCGUACGGUUACCAACAAAGAGUUCCAAGUCGCCCGCAUGCUGCCGGACGAGGUCGGCCGCCUCCUCUACCAGUACCUUGUGUAUAUCCGGCCGUUCACAUACAUGCUGCAACGGCGUUGCUACGGAAUCGACGUCGAGUCUUCGUUGAUGUUCUGCUCCCCGCAGAGAUCCGACAGGCUGUGGAAGACACACGUCCUGUCAGGGGCGCUGCGGCGGCUCACCGAAUCGACCGUCGGCCGAGCGUUUGGCACACAUGUAUAUCGGCAGCUCUCCAUUGCCGUUACCGAGAAGCACGUUCGGCAAAUCAGGAAUCCGUUUAACCGCUACGAUGAUCGAAGGCGCGACGCUGACGGUGGCGUGGCGUUCGCCUGGCAGAGCGGACAUCGGCCCUUGCAGAGAGCCUACACGUACGGGCUGGACGGGGCCUUCCCCGACAGCCUCCAACCCGCUCUUCUGCAGCUUUACAAGUGGCUAUCUUUGGAAUGGCACGGAUUUCUACAGCUCGGGCAGCCGGAUCCGGCGCGCCAAAUCCCCGGAAUGGCGGCGCAGCCUCCUCGAGUUUCUCUACAGCCGAACGACUGCCCGCUUGACGUCCGUGAGCCGGCGUCCUCCGCGCCGCUUGUUCGGACCGUACAGCCUCGAACAGCUCCGAAUGGCCCGCAGCCAGAUCGUACCCUACCUGGCCAUCGAUCCGACCAAGCUGACGAGAAAGGGCCUGAUGCGUUUCCCGUCCACAGACCGCCGAAGAGGCGGCGUUUAGAAGGAGAAAAGGCUCUAGCCCCCAGGGCCGAGAGUGCCCCCAAUGGUACGGCCCCCGACGAUCCUAGCGUACAGUCGGCCAGAUACCCACAGGACUUAGAGUCUCGCUCGAGAUCAGCAAGGGAGAUGUUUCCAACAAGUACAGAAAUGGGAACGGGGACAGAAACGCGAGCGGUACCAGCUAUCGCGCAGGGCGGGGCCAGGGUCGUGAGCGUUGGUCAGCUACCUAUCCUAGCCCCUAUCCCAGCCCCUACACGAGGGAAGGGGUUACGUAUAGUGCUGUUCGAUGAAUUCUUCAAACGAUUGCCCGCAUUCCGGAUCGCUAUUUGCCGCGAGCACUGCGGUGCGGUUACGGCGAAAUCGGUUGCGGCACAUGUCAAUUCACAGCACUCCUCUCUAGCUCCAGGGGAUCGGCAGCGCAUCGUGGAGGAGGCGUUGGCGCUGGAAGAUGACGGUUCGCUAGCCGCUAGCGUAGACGACAUCCGAUUCCCCAGCGAGGUGAUGCCGGCGAUCGACGGAUUGCCCAUGUGGAGCGACGGUGGUGCCGCCCGCCGACGCGGCCGCAAGCGGGAGCGGGAGCGGGUAGGAGAGACACCCGAUUUCCAAGCCGCCAUCCGGGCCGAGUUCGAGGCGGCGGCGUGGGCCAUCAAGGAGAAGAAGGAGGCGGCACCGGCGUUGUGUUGGAAGACCAACAGCCACGAUUCCACGGUUAUCACACAAAUGUUUUUGAAGCUUACAACAGUGGGUUGGGAUCCUCGGAGCAGCCCCGAAGUCAUCAAUUGA